AUGUCGCACAGAGAAGCAAAUCGGAACCUCCUGAGCCUCAAGGGCAUCCUACACUCGGACGAAGGUCCCGUCGGCGACGAACCCAACUUCCGAUCUCUGCGAGACGGCCGUAGGUAUAUCACUGCGAGAGAUGCUGACGGCAUUAGAGACGUGACGUUUGUCGGCUUUCCUCAACUCGAUGCUACCCGGGAAGAGAAGCUUGCGAAUCUCGCAGCGGACUUGAAAACGAUUGUAAGGUAUCUCGACUUCCUUCCAAAAGACAAGGUCUUCAUCGUCGAGAGACUUCCCAUGCAGGGAUCAUGGCGAUCCGCGAGAGGUACUACACAAGACCAUAUAGUCCUCGACGUAGCUUGGGACCUCCUCCUUGCCCUCGCCUACCUCCACGCAACAGGGACUGCACACGGAGACGUUCGCCUCCAUAACGUAUUCCCCUUCCCCUCAGAAGACUCGUCGCGCGUUCGCUUCAAGCUCUUCGGACACGGCCUCGUUCCAGAAGUCCUGAGCCACAACUUACGCAACGACUGCUACACGGCCCCUGAGCUACGCUGUCCAGGCAAGUAUUACGGCUUCAGCGCCAACACAAAGCCGACGUUCGAAUCCGACAUUUGGAUGCUGGGCAUGGUCCUCUGGCACUGUCACCGAUUCGGCGUUUACUACGACGGCCGCGGAUCCGCGAGGGAACGGUGGGAGUCGGAUAGGCUGAUCCAGCCUGACCUGACCGAUGGCGCAGAAUUUGGCAUUCACCCACUGGCUCCCCGGGGCCGUGGCUGUGAGCCCUCGCCUCACCGAUUCGUCGAGGACCUGCUUCAUAAGAUGCUCACUCCAGAUCCUAAGCGGCGAUGGACUGCUGCGGACUUGCUGGAGCAGAUGAAGAUGCAGAAGAAUUACACGCCCGCGGAAGGUGAUAUGAAGCGGGACCUGGCCGAUCUUCAGGCCGCUCUGAAAAGUGAGAAAUAUGACACGUUUAGAAGGAUGGCGGCCACGUUGAGAGAGGCUCCGCGCAGAUCUUGGACGAGGUUGGGAGGGUGGAUGUUCUUGCUCGCUUUCUUGUUGGUAAUCCUGUGA